AUGGUGGAUUUUGAGGAAGCUAUUGAAGACUGCAGAGUUCUGGACCCGGGCUUUGAUGGCUCGGACUUCACAUGGGCCAAGAAUGGCCUUUUUGAGAGGCUAAAUAGAAUUCUCGUGAAUGAACCAUGGGCACAGUUCUUUGAAGCGACUAGGGUGACUAAUUUGCCACGGCUGUCUUCGGAUAACGACCCUGUUCUGGCCCGGUGUAGAACCCCACGCACCCAAUUCGGGGGUAGCCCGUUCCGCUUCCAAACAUGUGGAUUAGGCAUGAUAGUUUCGCGGACCUGGUUCGGGAGACUGGAGCCAACCAACAGGGGCCGAGGGAUUACUUAA